CAUCAGCUUUCAAGGAGGUGACCUAAGUACUGUUUUCACACCGAGUGCCACGUACUGCCAGCUGGUCUGCACACACCACCCACGUUGCUUGCUCUUCACGUUCAUGGCUGAGUCAUCUUCUGACGAUCCCACCAAAUGAACAGGUUUGCCUGCAUCCUGAAGGACAGUCUCACAGAAACAUUGCCGAUGGUACACAUGACAGGAGCGGUUUCUGGAUAUUCCUUCAAGCAAUGCCCUCAGCAAUUAAGUGCUUGCAGCAAAAACGUGUACGUGAACCUGGACAUGAAGGGCAUGAACUAUAACAGUUCUGCCGUGAAGAAUGCUCGAGAAUGUCAGGAGAGAUGCACCAACGAUGCCCACUGCCAGUUUUUCACAUACGCAACGGGGCAUUUUCCCAGUGUGGACCAUCGUAAAAUGUGUCUUUUGAAGUACACCCAAAUGGGGACGCCAACUUCAAUAACAAAGCUCGACAGUGUGGUAUCUGGAUUUUCACUGAAGUCCUGUGGGCUUUCGAACCUGGCUUGUAUCAGGGACAUUUUCCCGAACACCGUGCUUGCAGACCUUAACAUUGACAGCGUGUUGGCCCCAGAUGCUUUUGUCUGUCGUCGCAUUUGCACGCAUCACCCCACGUGCCUGUUUUUUACAUUCUUUACCCAAGCGUGGCCAAAAGAAUCCCAGAGACAUCUUUGCCUCCUUAAAACAUCUGAAAGCGGAUUUCCAAGCACACGCAUCACAAAGAGCAACGCCCUUUCCGGGUUCAGUCUCCAGCACUGCAGGCACAGCAUCCCAGUAUUCUGUCAUCCGAACUUUUACAACGACACUGAUUUCUUGGGAGAAGAACUGGACAUCGUCGAUGUGAAAGGCAAAGAAUCCUGCCAGAAAAUGUGCUCUGACAACGUCCGCUGCCAGUUCUUUACCUAUUAUCCCUCUCGAGGAUCUUGCAGUGAGAGGAAGGGCAGAUGUUACUUAAAGCUUUCUUCAAACGGAUCUCCAACUAGAAUACUUCAUGGGAGGGGAGGCAUCUCUGGAUACACGCUGAGGCUGUGCAAAAUGGAUAAUGUAUGCACAACCAAAAUCAGGCCCAGGGUGUUCGGAGGAGCUGCGUCUGUUCACGGCGAGUGGCCAUGGCAGGUGACCCUGCACACCACCCAGGGACACCUGUGUGGAGGCUCCAUCAUUGGAAACCGGUGGAUAUUGACAGCGGCUCAUUGUUUCUCUGGGACAGAGACACCUAAAACUCUGCGUGUCUACGGUGGUAUUGUAAAUCAAUCAGAAAUAAAUGAAGAUACCACUUUCUUCAGGGUUCAAGAAAUGAUAAUUCAUGAUCAAUAUACAUCGGCAGAAAGUGGGUUUGACAUUGCCCUCUUAAAACUGGAACCGGCCAUGAAUUACACAGAUUUUCAGCGGCCAAUAUGCCUGCCUUCCAAAGGAGACAGAAACGUAGUUCACACAGAAUGCUGGGUGACUGGAUGGGGAUACACAAAAUCAAGAGAUGAAGUACAAAGUACUCUCCAGAAAGCCAAGGUACCAUUGGUGUCGAAUGAAGAAUGUCAAACAAGAUACAGAAAACAUAAAAUAACCAACAAGGUGAUCUGUGCAGGAUAUAAGGAAGGAGGGAAGGAUACGUGUAAGGGAGAUUCUGGAGGGCCCCUGUCCUGCAAACACAAUGGGGUCUGGCACUUGGUGGGCAUCACAAGCUGGGGUGAAGGCUGCGGCCAGAAAGAGAGGCCGGGUGUCUACACCAACGUGGCCAAGUAUGUGGACUGGAUUUUGGAGAAAACUCAGUCGGAAUGAAAGAGUUCAACAGGUGUCAUUUCGUGGCCCUGGAAGACUAUUCCACAGAAGAGAGCAUGAUGUGUCUCAUGAAGACACGGGGAAGCUGUAUCUUCACUGUCAGGAACUGGAGGGGCUUGAUGUAUGUAAGAACGCACAGAAAGAAAACUAUUAUUUUCAGAAUUCCCGAUCUGUGAGAAUCACAGGUUGCUUUCUGUAUCCAGCUACUCUCAAGGAAACCAACACAACGAGGAGAUUUUUAAAAUAAAAACACAGCAGAUAAACUAGGAAAGUAUCGAGUAAUGGUGCUGUUUGUCUUUUAGUCUUUGUGACAGAUACCUUAAGCAGUUCAUGAAAGGGAAAACUUCUUUUGCCCACCUUUCCUGAGGGUUCAGCCGAUGGCCUGUUUGGCUGGCUCUUGUUUUAGCCUGAGGUGAGGCAGAACACUAUGGCACUAUUGGCUGGUGGAGAAGGAGUUCGCUCAGCUUAUGGUAACCAGGAAGCAAAUGGAAACAGGAAGGUAUUGGGGACAAGAAUGGUCCUCCAAGGACAUACUGUCAAUCACUUAUUUCUUCCAAUGACACCCCACUCCCUAAACUCCCACUCCUUCCCAGAUAGCACCACUGGCUGGAGGCAGUCCUAGCUGGCACCAAGAGAAAGGUUGCAGAAACCAUAUAAAGACCUGUGAAGUGCAAGAUCGAAAACCCAGAAGAAAUGCAGACAGGAGCUCAAAAUGUCCAUUUACAGGAAUUUUUUCUUCUCUGCCUAUAUGAAUGUCCCUCCUGUGUAAAGGAAGACUGACCCAAUCCCGUGAUGGGUUUUGAGAAGUCUGUUAUGUGUGUGUGUGUGUGUGUGUGUGUGUGUGUGUGUGUGUGUCUGUGUCUGUGUCUGUGUC